AUGGAGGACCCGCCGACUAGAAGGGGUCGCAGCUACGAGUCUGGCACUGCCAUUGAGUCCGUUACCGUCACCAAGAUGGCCACAACCGCUGCCCGCCGCGCGGUCCUUGAUCCCCCCUUUGGCAACCUCACGCGCUCCUUUGAAGCAGCGCUCGCCUUAGUGCUAAUGAUGGUUGAUAGCCUUAGAUCUGUUGUCAUUAACGGCCUUCAGAGGCAGAUCGGACUCACUAAGGAAUGCUUGGAACCCAAGGCCAAGGCUUCGUCCUACACGAGCAACACGGAACGGGGCGCAUGGGCGGCGACUGGUGGCACACCGCUCUUCAGGGACAUGGUGGCAACGCCGAUCGAGAUCUCGAGCCUCGAGGUUCGCGACGACACUGGAAUCCGGUCCGAGCCGGUUCUGAGCUAUGCCUUUAUUGUUGCUUCGCCCCUGUCGAUCGAGAAGGCGUUCAUCACAAUCACACAAACGCGGGAUAUUUGA